UGGAAGAACCGCGCACGGCUCUUUUGCUUAAAUCACGUCCAAUUGAUCCGACACUUCCACAGUAAGUGUAAAUGGAAAGAAACCCUCAGUGGAUGAAUGUGACUUCACAGUGCAGACGAGCGCGCGUCGCUAAGCCACUAAUAUUACCGGUUGCGAUUUUUCUUUAAAUUGGAUUUCAACAGUACAUUUUGUAACCUGUCUCAACGUUGAUAUAUUGCAAUUAUUUUUAAAGACUUUACUAAUUCAAAGGCGAUAUGGACACCAUAUUGGACAACUUCGCUUCGGACAAACUUUUUCCCAAUUCCAACCUGUUGGACCUGGAGGAUCUGAAUGAGAGCGAUUUCUUAUCCAAUGUGCACUUCUCAGAUCAGAUGGAGGACUUCUCCAAUGACCUUUUCAACAGCUUUUUCGAUGAUCAUCUGUUGGCGGAGAGGAACCCAUUGUUGGAUAUGGAUCUAGACCCUCCAACCCCUGACAUCCAUGCUGAUCACAGCUACUCUCUCAGUGGGGACUCUGCCCCACAGAGCCCCUCCAUGCCUAUCAAAUCAGACAACGAUGCAGACUUGGAGGGGAUGUGGUCAUUCAGUCAGAAUCUCACAGCUAUUCUAGUGAAACAGGAGCCAAACCGGAUGUCUGAGAACAGCCUUGAUACAGCGCCCCCUCUGGUCAACACCAGUACCUGCUCACAGCCCCUCACUCUUGCCCCCCCACCACAGAGGAACCACACAGGGGAGAAGGGCUCCAAAAGUCUGACCACAAACUCCGUUCCUGCCAUUAAAGCAGAACCCAUAGAGGUGAACCAGUUCCUGAGUGUUCCUACAGAUGAGCACCUGCGGUUACCGCCCACUCCCCCCAGCAGCCAUGGCAGUGACAGCGAUGGAUCCCAGAGCCCACAUUCGCUGCCACCAUUAAGCCCUGCACGCCUGCAGAGCCCACAUUCACUUCCUCCCUCUAGUCCUGCCCGGCUACAGGCCCGCACCUCCGCAGCAAUCUCCUCGUCCCCUCUCCUCACCGCCCCACAUAAGUUGCAGGGAACAUCAGGCCCGUUGAUGCUGACAGAGGAAGAGAAGAGAACUUUGAUCGCUGAGGGAUAUCCCGUCCCCAGCAAACUACCCCUCACCAAAACGGAGGAGAAAGCCCUCAAACGAGUGCGUCGGAAAAUCAAAAACAAGAUCUCAGCACAGGAGAGUCGCAGGAAGAAGAAGGAAUAUGUGGAGUGUUUGGAGAAAAGAGUGGAGAACUAUACUUCAGAGAACAAUGAAUUGUGGAAAAAAGUUGAGACACUCGAGAAUGCCAACAGGUCUCUGCUCCAACAGUUGCAAAGACUGCAAGCUCUAGUGAGCGGGAAAGUGCCUCGAUCCUGCAAAAUCGCCUCCACGCAGACUGGAACCUGCCUCAUGGUGGUGGUGCUGUGUUUUGUGUUGGUGCUGGGCUCGCUGGCUCCCUGCCUGCCAGAGCUCUCCCUCUACUCUUCCUCCUUAUCUUCAUCAUCCUCACACACGGUGAAGUCCGCACCGCUUAACCCAGGUGACCUCUACACCACCAGUCAGGUCCGCUCCCGCAGCCUGCUCUUCUAUGACGAGGGUGCCCCAGUGGAGGACGGCCACGGGGGCGUGCUGAGUGUGGAGAGGAUGGAGAGGGUGCCGCGACAUUAUGUACAGAACCUAAAAGACUACGAGAAGGACCAUUCUGCUGUCGUGAACAGGUACUUGAGCCAAGCACAACCAGAGCCCAUAGGCUACAGUAACACGUCCGCGGCCCCCCUCCAUCCCCCGGAACCAAACUACCACUCAAGAAAGCAGGAUCCUGAGGCCGGAGCAGAAUAUUUCUGACCCCUCCACUUAUCUUUGAUGACCCUGCACUCGGUGACCCUUAUCGUUACAAUCCUGAGUCUUCUGACCCCAUCAUAAAGAACCAACAAGUUUCAUGACCAUGGUCAAACCCACCUAUAAUACAUUCCUAUGACGUUCACCCACGGAACUGUGGAAACAGAACUGUGUGAAAACAAAACAUAUUUAUCCAUUUAUCCAUCCAUAAAAUGGCUGCUGAAACUCCUUUUUACCAUCAAGCACUGAGUUUGAAAGACUAAGAGAGGGAAAAGGUGGGUGGUUGUGGGCGCUGCUCUAUUUUAUAUGGAUGUGAGCCUGCAGCUCUUCAUUAUGCAGGAUGGGGGAGGGAAAGUUCAUGAGUGUUUGUUUUGAUUUUCCUAGAAUGCCAUGAGACUGUCCAUUUAGAACAUAUCCCAAAGAGCUUAUUUUCUUUUAAUGGCUCUCUUUUUAGUAUCUGAAUGUUUUCCGGCAGGUGAAAUCACAGGUGCCUGGCAUACCUUGCGGUUUUAAGCUUUCUUUAACAGGAUUUUCUUCCUUUGCCAUCUUGGCUUUUUUCCUAAUAAGUUUAAACUGGAUUGCACUUGUUUUGCACUAGGAAAACUAAUUGAUUUAAGUGCCUUCACAUUCUUUUUCAUGUAGUCAUAUUUAUAAGACAGCGUAUAUCUAUUUUUCUCUGCUUACUUUUAUUGACAGCUGAUUAAGGCUUUAGGUUAUUAUUAUUAUUAUUAUUAACUUUUGAAAGUCUGAGGCUUUUGUACUGAAUUAAAAUUGUGUCCAUAAUAUAUUUCUAGUAUUUGCAGCAUCCAAAAAUAGCAUAUUUAUUUUAUGCACAAAAAAAGUAUGAUCGUUUUUUUAAUUUUUUUUUUAUUAAAGAUGAUGUGAAGAUUACAUGAUCUUGUUGUCUUAACUGUUAAACAGUUUUUUUUUCUUUUAUCUUUAUUUCUGUGAACAGAAAGUCUUGUAUAUAAAGAGAAAAUGAACAGGGACCAUAAAAUCCUGUGCAUGUCUAGCCAUGUUCAAUCAGAUCUGUCAAAAUGAAUCCAAAAUAUUGGCUAUAAUGAAUUGAAGGAAAGGUUCAGAAUAUAGAUUGAAUGAAAACACCAACAAACGGUUAUCACAUAUUGAAAAAGGAAGCUUAUUUGAAAUAAUUAAUAUUAUUUAGAGCAAAUACUUUUGUCUGAUAAUGGAAUACGUCUUUUUAAUGUUUACCUGAGAGAACUGUUUGACCACUGUAUAUAAUUCACCACAUGAAUACUGGAGUUGAUAGUGCAGUUUUGUAUUUGUAAUGUUUUAAAAAUGACGUUGGUGUUUAGAAACAACUUAAUCAUGACAAAAUAUGUUCAUUUUGUUCUAAAUCAUUUUUCUUGAUGCUCUCUGUCGCUUCAGUCAAAUGUUUUAUUUUUUAUUUUAUUUUUUAUUUUACAGCUUGAGAUGACCACUGAUAGUCAAAAUGUUUGAAUACUUAAAGUCAAGUUUUUUUUAAUUUUUUAUGAAACUUGUGGCUCUCAUAAAGGAAUGUGUGACAGUCAGUUUUAUAAAGGUACUCUUUGGUAUCGCUGCCAUAACACAAUGGAAAACGAAGUGUGAUUGCUUAUAGAAUUAAAGAACUAAAUAAUGUCUUAUGAUCAACGUGAAACUAAAAUCAGUGGAGUUUUAAAGAGCUUUACAUUUUGAAUCACCCUUUAUCAUGGCCUCUAAUACUGUGAGGAUUUUGUUGAGAUUUGAAUGUCUCACACAUUGAUAUAGUCCUCAUGUGUAAUAAUAUUGAACUGCAAAAAUGUUAAGUGUUUAUUUGAAUGUUUCUAAGAGGCUAAAUGGAAAUCUUAUGCCUUCACUGCACAUACUGAGUAUUCAAAUCUAGUCUCAAACCUGUAUGACAGAGUGUAUCCUUCAAAUGUAAUUGUUGCCUUUUUGCCCUUUGUAAAUAUGAUUUAUGUUAAAUGUUGACUGUAAAUAUGAAGGACGUAUUUUUAUAUUUCCAAUGCAUUUUAGUAUGCACCAUGCAUUUUGGGGGCAUGUGGUUUUAUUUUUAUCUGUGUAUGGAUAUUGCUCCUAUUUGUAUCUAUGCUCUAAGCUCCUCUUCUUUCUUGCUGUUUCUGUCUGUUCUAAAGUAGAGUUAGAUUGAGGCAAAAUAAAAAAUUUGCAGAUGCAA